CAUUGCAAGUUGAUUUUCCUUUGAUUUAUUGUUUCUCUUCUCGAACGUUAUCGGUGAUUAGAUUUAGUACAUGUUUGGCGUGCAGAUGGAUUAGUUUGGCGGUUCAGGCGCUGUGGAUGUUCUCUUGCUUAAACCCUUGCCAGAGUUUGUUUCCUUUGUUGUUUGAUGCACCGGGAGAGUUUGAAGAGUUUUUGGGUGGUCCCUUGUGGGUUUUACGAUUGCAGACUUGUAGAACAGAAUGGGCGAUCUGGGCAUUGAGGCGCGGAAGCCGCUCCUAGGUUUGUCUACGUCGCUUGAGGGCAAAAGGAGGAGCAAGAAGAAAGUGCUCGAGAAUGAAGGUGAAAUACAAAGGAGUGAAUGCCUCAGAUCUCUGAGGGAUAUUUCCCUUGCACUUGCUGAGAUGCCUGCACGUGGUGAUCUAACAGGUGAUGUCUGUCACUCGGCAGAUGGUUACCAUCUCAAUGUUAAAGUAUAUGAGAAGCUGCUAUUUAGUGUUUUUGACAUACUGGACAAGGGCAAACUUGGAAGUAGGAGAUUCUUGAACUCUUGAAAUCAAUCUGGCAAAUUCUAGGAAUCACAAGGACUAUCCAUGGUAUAUGCUAUGUUUGGGUCUUAUUUCAGCAGUUUAUCAUAACUGGUGAACAACGGCUUCUACAACAUGCCACUGAAAUGCUAAGAAAGAUUCCACUAAAAUAACAGCGAAGUAUGCAGGAAAAGUUAUAUUUGAAAGGCCUCU